UGAUAUACCCUUUCUUCACUUACUUCGUCUCUGUUCUGUUCCAAAAGCAAAGAGGUAGAGGUAGUAGUAAUAAUUCUUCCCAUUCCCAUGGAAGCUAAAUCUAUCGCGACAUCUCUCGGUCUUGGUGGUGACCGCUUUUUGUUAUUCUCGACUUCUCCGAGCUCUCUCUUCGUUUCGACAUCCCGCAUCUCCCGCCUCCCGCCGCUGCUGAAGCGUCCGUGUAUACACGGUGGUGCUGCUGUCUCUGGUUCCGGCGUCAAUGGCUUAACUCUGACUCGUCGUAAUCCGAUUGUUUCGACUCGUCGACUCGUUCCUGUUCGUGCAAUUGACUCGGACUCGGACCUCCCUCACGAGAAUCAGCAGGGAGCUCCAGGUUUUGGUAAACUAAAGGAAUACCAAGAAUGGGAUUCAUGGACGGCCAAAUUCUCCGGUGGAGCAAACAUUCCCUUUCUUAUGCUCCAAUUGCCUCAGAUCAUCCUCAAUUCCCAGAAUCUUUUGGCGGGAAACAAUACCGCCCUUUCUGCUGUUCCAUGGCUGGGAAUGUUGGUUGGUUUGUUAGGAAACCUUUCGUUGCUUUCGUAUUUUGCAAAGAAGAGAGAGAAAGAAGCAGCUACAGUGCAAACGCUCGGAGUGGUCUCUACUCACAUUGUCCUUGCUCAGCUCACGAUGGCUGAAGCUAUGCCUAUGCAGUAUUUUGUUGCUACUUCUGUUGUUAUUACGAUGGGACUCAUAUUGAACUGUUUGUACUAUUUCGGUAAGCUUAGCAAACCUUUGUGGCUACUGUGGGAAGACUUUAUCACUAUUGGUGGACUCUCUGUUCUUCCUCAAAUCAUGUGGUCAACUUUUGUCCCCCUUGUACCAAACAGUAUCUUGCCUGGGACAACUGCUUUUGCUAUUGCUCUAGCGGCUAUUAUUAUGGCUCGAACUGGGAAACUGUCAGAGGAAGGUGUUAGCUUUGUUGGUUCUUUAUCUGGAUGGACCGCAACUCUUAUGUUCAUGUGGAUGCCAGUUUCCCAAAUGUGGACAAAUUUCCUAAACCCGGACAACAUAAAAGGCUUAUCGUCAAUCACAAUGUUGCUCUCGAUGAUGGGAAACGGUCUUAUGCUCCCACGAGCACUAUUUAUCCGUGAUUUGAUGUGGCUCACUGGUUCGUUAUGGGCAACUCUCUUUUAUGGAUAUGGAAACAUCCUGUGCUUAUACAUGGUUAACUGCACCAGCAAGUCAUUCUUUGCGGUAGCUACAAUUGGUUUGAUCUCAUGGAUAGGACUGGCUUUGUGGAGAGAUGCAGUGGCUUAUGGUCACAACUCGCCGUUUAGAUCUUUGAAAGAACUCGUUUUUGGACCAUAAUAAACUCAAUAGAGAGUGUAAACGCCAUACACGCGUUAUUUUCAUUCAAGCAAGUCCGUUCAUACACAUGUAUAAUUUUUAUUUUUUUCCUAAGUUGUUGUAUAAAACGACUAUUUUGUGUAAUUAAAGAGAUUAAAAUAUAUUCUACAAAUUUGGAAAAA